AUGGCCCCGACCGAAGACGCCGCUCGCAUCAUCAGCGAAGUCUCGGCCAAGAAUAUCGAUGACUGUGUCCGUGUGUCGUCGUUUACGCAUGAACUGGAGGAGUCGAUCAGAGGCCAUAUCCAUGAAGAAUUGACUAGCUGGCUCUUCUUCCGCAAGUUGGCGGCUGAUUGUUCGCGCGCAAAUAUCGCGUUGCAUGGUUUCGCGCUGUAUGUAUAUCUUCCCUCUAAUACGUCUGGUCUGGCUGGACAACAUCGUGUGGAUGUUUUCGCUGAUGAUGACAGCCUCUGGGAACGCUCCGCCAUCGAAUCCCUCGCCGACGCCCACUGGCUCGAAAAAUACCUCCAACGCGGCGGCCGCUGCAAACCCACCGACAUCGAGGCCCCCAAGAUCGAGUUCUCCGAUAACCCCGUCGAGCCGGUCGGCCCCGUUCGCGAGGCCCUCGCCGUCGAGAAGCGCAUCCUCGAGGACCUCGAGCGGCUGAUGGCGCUGGCCAACAAGGUCGGCAACUACUCCCUCGCCGCCAUGCUCGACAAGCGCUUCCUCUGCAAGCAGACCCGCCACGUCAAGGACCUCGCCGAUCUGCUGCAGCAGGUCGUCCGCGUCUCCAAGCAGCCCGGUCUCGGCAUCUUCCAUCUCGACCGCGAGCUGCGCUGCCACGACGGCUGCCUGCCUUGGGGCAAGUCCAACGACCCGGAGAUGAUUGACUGCGCGCUGCAAUCCAUCUGCACGACGCUGGGCAAGGAGGAGAAGCUGCUGGGGAACUGUUGA